AUGGCUUUCAAGUCUGUUUUGCCACGUCGGUCCAAUACCGUUACUACUAAUACAACCACGGCUACGAGGACCUCGACCACGACUUCGACAGGCGAAGAAGAUGCCAUCCCCGACUCCGACUACAAGGAUACUACGAAUUUGCUGGUCGAGCGACUCCAGGCAUGGAAACAUGUCUGCGGAAACCUGGAGGAUUAUGUGGCCACGACGAUGAAAGUCCAAAAGACUCAUGCAAAGGAGCUUGAGAAGGUUUUCAAGACAGUGUCUGAUCCUAUCAAGGAAGAACACCAUUUCGAUCAAGGUGCCACCGGUGUAGCUGGUCUGUUCGAAUCUCUACGUCGAAACACACAGGGACUCGCAGAGGCCCACGCAGAUGCAGAGAAUCGCAUGAAGACGUCCGUGGUUCCGAUUCUUGAGAAUCUACACGCCGAAAUCAAAACGAAGGCGAAGGAACUAGGCGGGGGAGCUAUCAAACACGGAAAGGAGGUCACUAAGUCUCGUGCAGUUACCCAAAAACAUAUUGAACUCCUGGGCCAGUACGCUGCAACUUUUGAAACAUCCAAAUCGCGACUGGAUGCUGCCCAUGAUCCAUAUAUUCUCUCUCGUGGCGUCACUUACCGCCUCGGACGACAGGUUGCAGAUGAGAACCUACAUUUCCAAGAGAUCUUGACGAUUCAGAACUCCUUCCCUGCCUUUGAGAAACAUAUUGUUGAAACGAUCCAACGGGCGAUGAACGAGUUCUUCCAGUGCAUGACGGCUCAAACGGACCAUCACCGAAACAUGUACUCGAACAUUGUGAACAAAGCACAGGAGAUCGGCGUAGAUUUUGAAUGGAACAACUUUUUCAAGCGCAAUGACGCUACACUGCUCGAUCCCAACGCGCCACCACGAGACCUGGCAACGAUCAAAUACGCUAACCAAGACCACCACGCCACCAAGCCCUUGGUGGAGGGAAUCUUGGACCGCAAGUCUCGUGCGAUGCUUAAGGGGUACACGGGAGGUUACUUUGCUGUGACCCCCGCGGGUUACUUGCAUGGGUUUAAAGAGAACGAUGAUACACGUCACGAGCCUGUGCCGGAGAUCUCUCUCUAUCUCCCCGAAUGCACCAUCGGCGGGUUCAACGAUCUCAAAUUUAGCGUCAAGGGCAAAGACUUGUCCGGCGGCAAGGUUGGAAACGCAUUUCACAUGACCAGCGAGUACAACUUCAAGGCUCGAACCAAGAACGACCUGGAGCAGUGGCAGGCUGUCCUCACCAAUUCUGCCUCGUGGAGUGGAUCAGGGUCCGCCAUAGCUUCUCCCGGCGGCUCCCAGGUCACCUCUCCUGUGUCUCCGAUCUCUCCCGCAGCGACCAUGCCAAACGCAGGAGAGUCUAGCACUGCAGGUGCUGCUGCUGUCGACACAACGGAGAAAGCUGCAACAACGGAGACACCGGCAGUGAGUGAGAAGCCAGCGACUGAGACUGCCCCAGCUCCUGCUCCUGCUCCGGCUGGAGAGACUGCCCCAGCUACUGAGCCACUGCCAACGGCAGCCACAACAACUGGCACUGAGGGCACCACGAUGAAGCCAACCGGACAGGAAGAAGGGGUUGUUUCCGUCCCCACGGCGGAGAAAAAAUAG